UAUGACAAUAACUGUUUCCCAUCUUGUAAACACAAUGCGAUUUUAUGACAUAUAUAUUCCUUCUAAUAUGUCAGAUUAACGUAAUGAUAAUGCUAACAUAUUCCAGAACGUUAUCAAGAUUAAUUACUAAGAGCAAGAUAAUACCAUUUCCGUAACUUCUACACGUUUCGCUGAAUGCACUACACUAGAUUCCAGCAAUUCCGUGAUUGCCUGAGACAUUACAAAAUAGAACCGAAGAAAAUACUAUCACUGUUCCUCAGUAUUUUCGCAGUAGUUCCCCGUUAUUACCGACUCCCAGGAGCCCAUUAGCACUGUGCACUAAUGACAUAAAAAUUACGAGAUCCUAAUCAGGAUGGCGGAUGGACAAACCGACUGGCUGGUCGUAGGGGCGAGGCGCACGAGAGCCCAAAGACUUCUGGAAGCUGUGACAGCCAAGGAAGAAGAACGAAUGAUAGAAUUACUGAGGAGACGAUCAAGGUUAAAAGCUCUGCUUCAUCACGAGGAAGAAAAUUACCGUCAAGAGCUACAACAGAAAUACCUGGAAGUGGAGAAAGAACGGCUCGAGAGGCGAGUGAAAGCGGCCGAGGAGUUACAAGCGCGAGAGGAGGACGAGAGAGUCAAGUUCGUUCUCAGGGCGGACGAACAAAGGCGUAAGCAGCAGUGUCAUUACUACAGGGAGGCUUACUCCAGGGAAAUUCAGAGAUACCUCAACGAAAGCCGUCCGCAAGAAAUCACACUCAGAAACCAAUUGAGGGAAGCUUAUGGGAUAGUGAAAAAGGCUUCUGCAGUCCAAGAAGACUGAAGAGACACGACUUGACGGAUGAAUGUCGCACUUGUUUACUGGCUUAGUCCACACAAUACUCUUCCAAGAGUAAUAUUUACUCUAAGAUUUAUAAGCGUGCUAAUCAUCACUUAUGUUCUCAACAUUACCAAUUCGUCUUAUAUCGUUCAUUAGAUUAAUCUUUGUAAUGCAUUGAAAAAAAUAAUUCAAUGGCUAUAAC